AUGGAUAACCCAUGGAACCACAUACGAUUGCAAGAAGAGAUGUCGAUGGGUGACGACGGCAUCCAUAAAAUCAUGCCUAUCACCACAGAUUUGGUCUAUCUGCAAACCAGGUCUAAAAUCAAAUUCCUGAACCCAAAGACAACACAACUUGCAUCAAUUGAAUGGCCAUAUGAUGUCCCUCUCAGCAAUGGGGAAACAACAUUUGGAGGGGCAUGGAAAACACUUUGCAAUGUAUAUCCUCGCCUUGUAUCUGAUGGAACCUGGUUUGAUAGAUUCGUGUACUGGCGUGUAGACAAACUAUCCUCUGAAAUAGCAACACCUCAAGAGUUGCUUGUCGUGUUUGACUACCACACUCAACAAUUCCAAACCAUAAACUGCCCUCCAUCUCCAAUCUUCUUUAACCCCACUGAUCCUUAUCAUUUGAAUCUCCAAGUGAAAAUAUUGGACUUCUAG